AAUGAAUUGAACAUUGUAAAUGAAUAAAAUUAUACUAUUAUAUCAGCUAUUAAUGCUGGCAAGUAAAUAAUUAGAAUUAUGUGUAUCUGAUUUUUGUCUAAUUUUUCAUUUCAGUUCACUAUGAGUUCAGGAUUUAUAUCAGAAGCUGAAAUUGCAGAACAGCGAAGAAUACGACAAGAAGAAUGGGAACGUGUACGAACAGCAGAUCAACCAUUAGAAGCUCCAGAAGAACCGUAUGAUCCAAGAUCUUUAUACGAACGAUUACAGGAACAAAAGAAUAAAAGAGAUGCAGAAUAUGAAGAAGCACAUAAGUUGAAAAAUAUGAUAAAAGGUUUAGAUGAUGAUGAGGUGGAAUUUUUGGAUUUGGUGGAUAGAACAAAAUUAGAGGAAGAGCGUAAAAAAAAUCUUGAAGAAGAGAAAGAAAUGCGAGAUUUUAAAGCUGCUGUGGCUUCAUUACAAGAAAAAACCUUGAAUGAAAAGUUAAAACAAGAAUUAAAAAAUCCUCAAAUUGUAAAUAAAAAUAUUUCUUCUGGAAGAUCUUACACGAGGUGUUAAAAGAAAGUUAUCUGAUGAAAGCAAAGAUACAUCAAAAAAAGAAGAUUGUGAAAUAAAUGAACAGAUAGCUGCUGAAUGUGAAUCCAAAGAUGAUACUUUAGAACAUAAAAAUAUAACCAGUGAAACAGGAGGUAUGAAAUGUAUUGGAAUUUUGCCUGGCCUUGGCUCCUACGAAGAUUCUAGCGAUAGCGAAUGCAGUUCAGAUACAGAUCAAGAUCCAGAACCAAGUCAUUCCAAAUACGAUUUAUUAGGUCGAAAAAUAAAACUUUUAAAAGAUAAAGAAAAAAGCUGA